GUUUCAGAGCAUCUAUUCAAAGUUCCAUUUACAAUCGACUUUCGGAAAUCAAUUUUGAUAACCAACAGAUCCUAAAAACCCAGGUUUUUCGUAAGCAAGACACUAUUGGAAGAGUUCUUCACGCAAUAUUCGGGAUGUUGCGCUUUGGUCUGCAUACAUGUUUAGCAUGAUUAAGUAACACAUAUACUUAGGUUUAUAGUGUAGGUCGUUCUUGGAAGAAACCUGCAGCAUAAUAUACAGAGGACAGAGAUGUGUCGUAAAGAUUGCGUGAAGAUCAGCCGUAAUAUUUGUGAUUAUCUCUCGUGAAUAUAUCGUUGUUGCUAUUACUUUGAGGUUGCGUGUUAUUAUCUUCAGGGUAGGUAGGGAUUAUUCAUUGCGUUUUUCAUUCUGGCUGCAUAACUGUGGCAUAAUGGCACAGCAAACUCCCUACAUUGGGAGCAGAAUAAGUUUAAUAUCCAAAUUGGAUAUACGCUAUGAAGGAAUAUUAUAUACCGUCGAUACGAAUGAAUCAACUAUUGCUCUUGCCAAAGUGCGCUCGUUCGGAACAGAAGACAGACCAACGCCAAAUCCAGUUGCUGCUCGUGAUGACAUAUAUGAAUAUAUUAUUUUCAAAGCAACAGAUAUCAAAGAUCUGAUUGUAUGUGAAACACCAAAACCGGUACCUCAGCUUGCUAGCGGUUUGGCAUAUGAUCCAGCCAUACUAUCGAUUUCUUCUGGACGCACCAUUCCAAUGCAUCCCUCAGUUCCAAAUGUACCUAUAGGCAGCAAUAUUAUUAGCGCUGGAUCGUCACGUUCUGGCACACCGAAUCGCAUUUCUCCAGCAGAAGAUCCGGCACAUUCGCGUGCUCCUGGUGCGGGGCGCAAUCAGCGUACAGGUUCACUGCCAAAUGCAAUACAACCUGCGACAGGUACUAAAAACCGUGGUGGUUUUCAGCAACAGAUUCAUCAAGGAGCACUUAAUACAGGACGACAGCAAAAUUAUCCAACUGUUGGUGGGACUUAUCAGGGGAACUAUGGACGAGGUGGACAGCAGAACAGUUAUCGCGAAAGUCGCGGAGGUUUCUUCGGUCGUGGAGGUAGUGUAAAUUAUCAGCGCGGUGGAGGAAGUCAUCGUGGUGGGGUAGGUGGCAAGCCACAGUCGAAAGAGAAGCUGAAGUUUGAAAGUGAUUACGAUUUUGAGAAGGCCAAUGAACAAUUCCAAGAAACGCUGAAUCAUAUCAGUCUCGAUCUUAAGAAGACCAAGCUGGAGGAUGGAAGUAAAAAGUCAGUAACGGGAUCUGAUGCUGGUUCAGAUGUUGUCGAAGAAGAGAUCGCUGAAAAUGGCCAGGAGGAACUGGAAAAGCGGUACUACGAUAAAAGCUCAUCAUUUUUUGAUCGAAUUUCAUGUGAAGCGCUUGAAAAACAGGAAGGGAAACCUCGUACGGAUUGGAGAAAAGAGCGUGAAACAAACCAAGAGACAUUUGGACAUUCUGCGGUGCGUUCACUUACAUAUCGCCGUCCUCGAGGAUACAUGGGUGGACGUGGUGGCCGUGGUGGGCAUAUGAGCAGUGGCUAUCGCUACAAUUCUGGUUACAAUUACGGAAGUCAACAACGAAGCGGUUAUGGCAGUUUCCACAAUAAUUACAAUCGUCGGAACAAUUAUCGCGUUAGCACCAGUUACUCCGGUCAGUAAAUAAAAUAGGGCUAAGAUGAGCGGAUGCAUUAUUUCCUUUAUGUUAUUAAAGACUGACUAUUGUUUCUCUUUAUUUCUUAGUUAUGGUUAUAAUUUGUUAUAAUCUCGGAAGUUUUUCUUGGAAGUUCAUUUUUCCUUAUCACUUUGCCGUGUUUUAUUUCAACUUGGCCAAACGCUUGCAAGUUCUUUUCUUUUUUUUGAAACUAAUAUUCGGCGGUAGAGAGUAUGUUUUUCUUUUUUCUUCUGGUAAGGCUAAUUGUAAUUUAAGGAGC